AGUGGGCGGAGUCAGGACGGAGGGGGCGUGUCCCCAGCUUUAAUACAGAUGCGCCUCUCCGUGCGCUCUGCGUUCCGCGGACACAGCAGACUGCACCAUGACUGCUCCCAGCAACACCUACGAUGUGAUAGUGGUCGGCGGAGGAAUAUCAGGUUUGAGUGCAGCAAAGCUGCUGAAGGCCAAUGGACUGAGCCCUGUGGUGCUGGAGGCCAGGGACCGGGUCGGAGGUCGAACUUUCACUGUCCGGAACAAGGAGACAAAGUGGGUCGACCUGGGCGGAGCUUACAUCGGUCCAACUCAGAACCGCAUCCUCCGAUUGGCCAAAGAGUACAACAUCAAGACCUACAAAGUCAACGAGGAGGAGAGCCUGCUGCAUUAUGUCAAGGGAAAGUCGUACCCGUUCAAAGGCUCCUUCCCCCCCAUGUGGAACCCCCUCGUCUUGUUGGACUUCAACAACCUGUUCAGGACGAUGGACGAGAUGGGCCAGGAGAUUCCCAGAGAGGCUCCCUGGAGAGCUCCCCACGCUGAGGAGUGGGACAAGAUGACCAUGCUGCAGCUGUUUGAGAAGAUCUGCUGGACCAGUACUGUUCGUCGCUUCGCCACGCUCUUCGUGAACGUGAACGUGACCUCUGAACCCCACGAGGUGUCGGCUCUGUGGUUCCUCUGGUACGUCAAACAGUGCGGAGGAACCAUGAGGAUCUUUUCCACCUCCAACGGAGGACAGGAGAGGAAGUUUGUGGGCGGCUCGAGUCAGAUCAGCGAGGGCAUGGCACAGGAGCUGGGGGACCGGGUGAAGCUGGAGUCUCCGGUCUACAGGAUCGACCAGAGCGGGGACAUGGUGGUGGUGGAGACGCUGGACAAACAGACGUACACGGCCAAAUAUGUGAUCCUGGCCACGCCCCCAGGUCUGAACCUGAAGAUACACUUUAACCCCGAGCUGCCCCCCCUGAGGAACCAGCUGAUCCACCGCGUCCCCAUGGGCUCGGUCAUCAAGUGCAUGGUUUACUACAGAGAGAACUUCUGGAGGAAAAAAGGUUACUGCGGCAGCAUUGUGAUCGAGGAGGAAGGAGCGCCAAUCGGGCUGACGCUGGAUGACACAAAGCCUGAUGGAAGCGUACCCGCCAUCAUGGGGUUCAUCCUGUCCCGUAAGUGCAGGAAGCUGUCAGGUCUGAGCCCAGAGGAGAGGAAAAAGAGGAUCUGUGAGAUCUACUCCAGAGUCCUGGGCACAGAGGAGGCUCUGCAUCCGGUGCACUACGAGGAGAAGAACUGGUGCGAGGAGGAGUAUUCAGGAGGAUGCUACACGGCAUACUUCCCUCCAGGAAUCCUCACCCAGUACGGCAGGGUGCUGAGGGAGCCGGUGGGCAGGUUGUACUUUGCAGGAACAGAGACGGCCACUGAGUGGAGCGGAUACAUGGAGGGAGCCGUGCAGGCCGGAGAGAGAGCAGCCCGAGAGAUCCUGUGUGCGAUGAAUAAAAUCCCCCCGAGUCAGAUCUGGCAGAAAGAGCCUGAGAGUGUGGAGGUCCCAGCGCUCCCCUUCCACACCUCCUUCUGGGAGAGAAACCUGCCUUCAGUCGGAGGUCUCCUCAAGUUCCUGGGAGUCUCCACCUUCCUGUCCGCUGCCACCGCAGCCGGCCUGCUCGCCUGCAGGAAGGGGCUCCUCCCCCGGAGUUAAACAGACCCCCCCGCCCCCUCCUCACCUGUCCGCUCACUCCUCUGCUCCUCCAGGAGGAACAUCUCUGCAGACGCUGAACCCAGAGUGUACUUUUAGUGUGCAUGCUCCAGAGUAGGGAACUACGAGGAGCGAAAGGAUGUUUUAAUGAGAAACACCCGGCUGUAAGGAGGACUGUUCAGCUCACACACAACACUAACGCACCACCGCUCUGAGAGAGAGAGGGAGAGAGAGAUUUAUAAAGAGAGAGGAAGAGAGAGAGAUUUAUAAAGAGAGAGGGAGAGAGGCAGGCUGUUUGAGGAUUCAGAGAUGUACGUUUAGGAGGACAGAAGAAGAUGGAGCUUCAGUUUUAAUCUGAGAUUCAGAUUAUGAAACCAAUGAAGGAGAAAGAACAGAGUUAAUUCUUAAAACAGAGAAAAUAUAUAAGAUUUAAUCUAUAACUCUUAAUAUUGCAUACAUUGCCAAUGACA